GUUGUGAUAAACUUAUUAAAUAGAACCUAAAUAUGGUGCGUCUCUCUGUUGAUUUAGUCGAAUCAGCAACCGAAUGUAUCAAUCCGUGCAAGGAGAGAGAACUCAAUUUGCGAGGCUACAAAAUUCCUCUUAUUGAGAAUUUGGGAGCAUCCAAUGAUCUUUACGACACCUUUGAGAUGUCUGACAAUGAAAUCCGAAAAUUAGACGGAUUUCCAUACCUGAAAAGAUUAAAAUGUUUAAUUCUAAAUAACAACAAAAUCGUCAAAAUUGGAAUGAAUCUUGAAAAUGCAUUGCCAGCCCUGGAAGAUCUUAUUCUCACAAACAACAACAUUCAAGAAUUAGCUGAUCUAGAUCCUCUGUUUUCCAUCAAAACUCUGCAAAGGCUAUCUUUGCUACGAAAUCCUGUGGUUUACAAGAAGCAUUACAGACUAUACUGCAUAUUCAAACUUCCCCACCUGCGAUUUUUGGAUUUCAAGCGAAUCAGAGAAAACGAGAAAGAAAUGGCAAAGAAAAUGUUUGCAACAGAAGAAGGAAAAGCGUUAACCGAACAGGUCAAGCAGCAGAAAGAAACGGCAAGUGUCGCUUCGAAAGAGUUCGUCCCUGGGCAACCAUUAGGUCCUAGUCCAGCGGAACUGCAAGCAAUAAAGGAAAAAAUAACCAAAGCUACAAGUUUGGAAGAGGUCGAAAGGUUAAAGGUCAUGUUGCAAUCGGGCCAAGGUGUCCCUGGUUUAACCCUACUUGAGAGCCAAAAACCCCAGAGCGAAGGUCAAUCAACUGUGCCGAAAAGAAGAUUCGAGCAAGAUGAACAGAUGGAAUCGUGAUCGAAAUAACCCUCCUUUUUUCACAUAUUCAGUUUCAUUUGAUUUAGACUUCAAUGAUUUUUGUCCAAAUGUUGUCUGUUAAUAUAUAUUUGUCUGGUCUAUUUAUGGAUGAGAAUUAGGCUCUAAUUUUGAUUGAUUGUUUCCUUUGUCUUACUUUGAGCUUAAGAUAUUCGUCGUAGUCAGUUUUUUAAUAAUAUAAAUUAAAGUCAAGCACAACUUAAUAAUACGGCGAGGAAUGUUUUUCUUGAGAGUUUGUUUGGAAAUAAUGAUUGCUUUCAAACUGAGAUUAAUCUAAAAUUUCUGUCUUUAAGUUUGAAUGGUCCGUUGAUUAUUAAGCAUCUAGAUGUCUGCUAGAUUAAACUGUAUGAACUUUUUCAUCGUAAGAAUAGCUAUUUUAAAAAUACAUAACGUCGACUUCAGAAACUGGCUCAUAAUUAACCGAAGGAAUUAUAAUACAGUCAAAAAGAACAUUUGCUUGUGUUUGCGAAUUGCAGCUUCGCCUCGGUUGUAUAUUUUUCUGAUAAUGCAAGUAAUUUAAUUCAAUUUUAAACGGAAAUUUUCUGGUUGCCAAUACUACCUCCUUUCCCUAAGAAUAUUACCACUCAGUCUAUAUGUCGAGAUUCAUGAUCUUCUUUUCCUAUUGUCAAUUAGAAACGGUGAUUAUGAUAUAGAGGAAACAUUAGAUAAAAAUGAUUCGCUAGGAAACACCAGACAAAAUCAAAGAAGAGAAAACAGGCUGUACAAAUCAAGAUUGAAAAGCGAUGACAACUUUUCCGACGAACGAGAUUUCUCUUCAACUACGUAUCCCGAACGUACCCCAAUUUCGGCAACGAACUUAACAAAGAUACCUUGCAGAAAAUCUACUGGCACUUCUUUGUUAGACACUACUCCUAGGAAAACAAAUGCACAUGGAGAAUAAUAUGCAGAUGUGGGAACUGUAACAUUUCAAACAAGAUAAAACUGAACUAUGAACUUGAAUCUGGGUGCGAACCCUUGAGAACUGUCUCUAAAUCUUUUACUACUACUACUACUACUACUAAGGCAUUUAUCUUUUUAAAAUUGUUUAUUGAUUUUCCUAUUUUUAUCAAGAAAGAAAAUAAUGAAUCUUAUAUUGUGAGUUUUUCUUUCAUCGGAUCUUUCACACAUUGGAGUUUAUUUGAGAUAAAUUUUUUUUAUAAUCAAUUUUCGUAUUGAAGAUAAAUUUCUUCCAUAAUUGAUUAUCAUGUAGCUCGUAGACAUCAUAAUUGAUUUUAAUUUUAUUAUUAUCCAUUUUUUCGAUUCUAUCUCAUUUUAAACAUGCGUGGACAUAAAUGCAGAGAGUAAGGUAAAUAAAGUUGAGCAAAAAAAACUAAAAAAUGAAGAAAAACGUUGUGAAGAGAAAAAUAAAGAAACAAGAUAACACUUUUUAUCCAAACAAACUUUAAACCUCAAUUUCAAUUAUUAGAUUUGCGAAGCAAAAUGUAUUAUUACGAACUUUCUUUUUUUUCCAACCUAAGUCACAAAUAUUGGUGUCACUUUUUGGGAACCUUUACAGCUUUUUGAUAGCUUGUGCUUUGUCAUUCGAAUAAUAAUAAGUUAACAUAGUUGAAGCAUUUUUAAUUCAGCAAAUGAAUUGAAGUUUUUUUAAAACAACAUAGAAAUAUUAAAAACUUGAUUUCAGAUUUUUUCUAACUUUAUAUCUCGCAAUUUUUUUGAAAUGCAUAAUUUAAAAUAAAGUGGCUUUAUGCUUUGCGGUUGAUUACAUGCAAAAUUACAUGCUCUUUAUUUGGCGCUACUUUUGCCGCAUCGAAUUGGGAUUUUAUUAGCAUGUGUUAUUGGUGGUUAGUUUUUGUGGAUUUUAAGCAUCCGUGGCUGAUUGGUUAGUGCGUGAGACUCAAAUUUGCUAGGUCGCAGAUUUGAAUAUGACACGUUGCCGAGUUUUUGCUAAUUCGAGGUUUAUUUUUACCUUUUUUUAUUUAACUUGAUAGAGCCGCAUUAAGUCGUGUUCUCGUAAAUGUUUGCGAAGCGCAGCUUCGCCUCUGUGUGAACGUGUGUUUAAAGAGUGCAACAGUCAGUUUUUGAUUGUACAAAAUUUUGAAAGUUUUGGGCUAAAUUUAGAAAAAUUACAAUCCAUAAAUGAUUUUAGAUUGAUUAUAGAUUGAUUUUAUUGAUAUGACUUUGUUAAAACCAUAAUCGUUUAUUAAUCCAUAACAAUUGGUUUUUAAAGGCUUCUGUGGAGCCAAAUUUUUAUACAUAAAACUCAAAUGUGAAAAAAAAAUCCUAUUAACAACUUGUCUAACAAAAUAGCUGAAUGAUUUGAUAGACCGAUUGAUAUAUUCAACUGAAAUUAGGCAUCUGAUUCUGUUUUCUUUUGCGCCGAAGUAACGUCCAUGCUCUAGAUAAAAGUCCCGGAUUCGUAUCCGGCUAGAAUCUGUACCUUAAUGAAAAUUUUCUGCAUAGAUUUAUGGUUGUUCCAGUUCUUACAUACGGAAGCGUCGCGUGGUUUGCGAGCAAAAGCAACAAAGCUCAUUGAAGGUGUACAACGUGAUGCAACCAGAUGGAUUGUUGGCUUUCAUAGUAGUUUAUCAUAUUCCGAAAGCUUCUCCCACUUUCCUUUUACUGCAAAUAAACGAUCUACUGUUGUUAUUUAAAGUCAUCAAUGAUCAUCAUGCUGUGCAGUGGAGUGACUCGAUCAAAUUAUUCUCGCCUUCAAUCUACAGUUCGAGAGGGUCGAGCAGAACGUUAUUCGACAUUCCGAAACUUCUGGUAUAGAUCGCAGAGACUCGCCAACAUCUUAUAUGCGCGUUUUGGAAUCGACGUAUUUUCUUACCACAACUUGAAAAAGAAACUUCUGACUUGUUUUUGGAAUUUCUUCUCAAACUAUUAUUCUUCUGAAAAUCCUUGCUCGUGGGCAAUUGGUUGUAUGUGCUAUCUUUGCCGUGAAACUAGUUUGUAACGUCUUUUCUUGUCUUUUAGGGAACUUCUGUUCCCCUCAAUCAUUUUGUAUAUUCUUAUAUAAUCUGAUUGUAAAUCCUCAAUAAUAAUAAUAAUCAUAGAAAAAUUUAUUUGGAAUAUCGCCUGUCUGCUUAUUUUUGCCGAAGUAGACAAGCGAUAGGAGUACACUUUUGCGUUGCAAGUGUUACGAAGCUCUACUUUCCCGCUGCGUAAAAAAGUGAGGCUCUUUUGCCUUUUUCCCCACCUGUGAAACUUUACUAGUGAACUUACUGUUCACAUUGUCAGAGUGUUACAGAAACUGGCAUGCAGACUAAUUAGGCCAAGACAAACAUAUUUGGUCCUGAUACUUUACCUUGUAAAACCCCUCGGUACAUCAUAAAAUUGAUGCAUAAGUGAGAUUGGGGAGGGGGAGGAAAAAGAGCCAAAAGUGAUUUUAUCUGAUCACAUGUAAUUCUAUUUUUGUCCGAUUCAUUCAUAUCACUGACCAGUUUGAGUAAAUAAGCAUCAAGUGAAGAAUAAAUCAGAAAAAAAUGUUAUGAACCAA